CAUGACCGACACGACGGCUGCACCCGCCCUCUGACAGGAAGUUGUGGUCAAGUGUGUGCGUGCUUUUUAAUCCCAAGUAAUCAGGUUUAAUCUGGCCCCGCCCCCUCCUUGUUCUGCCGCGGCUCGGCCACUCAGCGCACUUUGUGGACCUGCAACAUGAGAGCCGAGACUGGCGCUGCUUUUCUGGUGCUGCCGUUGUCCGGCGGUUCGGAGGCGGCGGCAGCGGCUGCAGAGGAGGCGGAGGGUCGGGGGGGCACGCUGGUCCGUGGCGGGGCGCUACUGGGAGUACUCUUGAUCUGUGUGGCGGUGCUGCGCAGGUGGAUCGCAGGCGGAGUGUGUCGCAGCCGGCGGCGUCAGGACGGGAAGACAGUGUUGGUGACGGGCGCCAACACGGGCAUCGGCAAGGAGACAUGCCGAGAGUUGGCGCGCAGGGGAGCGCGCGUGGUGAUGGCGUGCAGAGACCUGGCCCGGGCCGAGCGGGCUGCCGAGGAGAUCCGCCAGUCGACGGGGAAUGGUAACGUGGUGAUCAGACACCUGGACCUGUCCUCGCUUUACUCCGUCAGACAGUUUGCCAAAGAGUUUUUGGACAGCGAGGACCGACUGGACAUCCUCGUCAACAACGCCGGCGUGAUGAUGUGUCCAAAAUGGCUGACGGAGGACGGCCUGGAGACUCAGCUCGCCGUCAAUCAUCUGGCCCACUUCCUUCUGACCAACUUGCUGCUUCCGAAACUGAAGAGCUCCGCCCCCAGCCGCGUGGUCACCGUUUCGUCCAUCGCCCACCGGGGGGGUCGCAUCGACUUUGACGACUUGUUGUUCGACAAGAGGCCGUACAGUCCGCUGGUCAGCUACCAGCAGAGCAAGCUCGCCAACGUGCUCUUCAGCAGGGAACUCGCACGACGCCUCCGAGGUUCCGGAGUGUCCUCGUUCUGCCUGCACCCGGGUGUGAUCCGGACCGAGCUGGGCCGCCACGUGGAGGGCUGGUUCCCCAUGUUGGGGGCCGUGCUGAGGCUGCCCUCGCUCCUGUUCAUGAAGACGCCGUGGCAGGGCUGCCAGACCAGCUUGUACUGCGCCGUGACGCCGGGCCUGGAGGCCCAAUCGGGGAGCUACUUCAGUGACUGCACCCUGAAGGAAGCGGCGCCAGAGGGGCGGGACGAUGAGGCGGCGGGCAGGCUGUGGCGAGAGAGCAUGCGAUUGGUCGAAUUAAAAGAAACCUGCUGAACUUUGACCUCCACAGUGGCAUCGUAACAAUGUACGCAAACUGGAAUAAAAUGGAGAGAAAAAAACAACCUGUG